AUGAGCCACGCAGAUGAGCACGUUCUUCGACAAGCACCAACAGAAGUGGCCCAAAUUGUGGCACGAUAUAAGCACGGAGACAUGUUCCUCGAUCGGGACAAGUGGACUCGGAAUUCGGACUUCAUCUCGUCAGGAGCUCUGCUUCUGAUUGAGAGGAGUGCCGGUAGUCCUGAUCGAGUUAGCCGCCGUCAGCACGCCGCAACUAGAUACCUCAGGGAUCCUGCAGGCCGGCCUGUGCUGUUGCAUGCGGGGCCGCGCUGGCUGGGCGCACCCCAGCCGGUGACUCGCAUGCAGCCAGAGGCAGUCGUCAUAGGCCACCCCGUGGACGCCAUAUCUCCCACUGCCCGUCCUUCCAACACCUGCCAGCAUGUGCUCCAGACAACACCAGCAUCACUCACCACGGCAUGCGAUGCGGGGUUCUCCAGCUAUCUCGUGGGGCACACGGCGGCGCCACGGGCCUAA